AACAACGUGUUCUCUGUAUACAUAGUGGAACGUGCCGAAGUCAGUCAGUUAAUAACAGGCAGUGACUCGAGGAGUUGACAUUUAUCAGAGGCUCCUCUGCGACUGACAUCAAUCAUUUCACCUGGCGUGGGAGCCGAGAAUUAAAGACAGCUAAAGGGAUUCUGACAUGCACUUUCAGAAAUCACCGAAGGAAAAGGCGUGUUACCCUCUGCCCACAGUGAAGAAACUCCUGGAGCAGAAGAGAAAGAGAGAGACCUCCUCAGCACCCCCCUCCUGCUCUACAGCAUCUUAUACUGCUGGUGGCGCUGCAUCUGUCCCAGUCAGUCAAAACUAUUAUACCUCUAAGUAUGAUUGUCUUGAGGCUGAUAUAAACGUCUUUAAUCAUCCUCCAAAAUGUUUCCAACAGGUGUUGGCAUCAGUACAAUCUCCCACUGUCGGAACCAGUGCAAGCUACACAGACAUGGGCGCAGUUAGAUACGACCGGUGGGAAGUUUCCAGCAUUCAUCAGGCACAUUCCUCCCUACAGCAGUGCAACCCUUUCUCGUUCAUGUCCAGUUCCUCCAUCGCACCAAACUUUACCCAGACUGGACAAACGCUUGCCACUGGCUACAGCCCUCAGCAGAUGCAAGACUGCCAGGAUGCCCAGACAACACAGCAAUAUUCUAUAACAGAGUGCCCUGUAACUGCUGCCGGGACUGAUUUGACUGGGACAGUCCCCGUUCAGAGCUCAGGCUUGUGUUGGCCAUCUGAAUCCAGAGCAGAGGAUCACACAAGCCAAUACGUUCUCCAAGAGUUCAGGGCCCAAAUGGAUAUGGUGAAGCUGCAGGAGGCUCGAGUCUUCCUGCAGAACAUGGAUUAUAGUAGAACCACCUGGCAGGAUGAUGAUGGGGACACGAUUUUACAUAUCUAUACUGCGAAAGGCCUGAGGGAAUAUGCUUUUGCUGCUGCGGAGAAACUUUGUGGACUGGGGAAGUUGGACUCUAAAGAACACAAGGGCAAGACUGCUUUGCUGGUGGCUGUAACUGCUAAUCAACCAGAUAUAGUCCAGGAUCUCCUCACUCUUGGUGCGGACAUCGGCAUCUGUGAUGUCAACGGUCAAACUGCGCUCCAUCUGACUGCCACCUACGGUUUCCCUCGUGUCAUGGAGGUUAUUCUCUUUGCUGGACUGCCAGUGGACCUGGAGGCUCGUAAUUUUGAAGGUCUGACUCCUCUGCACUGUGCAGUGAUCUCUCACUGUGCCACGAUGAAGGCUAUACAUGCCUCCUCCUCAUCCUCAACAUGGCUGGUCGAUGGCGGUCUACAGACUCAGGCAGAAGAUAAACUGACGUGUUUGAGGCUUCUUAUAAAUGCUGGGGCUUCAGUUCUCAGUCAGGAAAUCAAAAGCAACAAGACCGUUCUUCACCUGGCAGUGAAGGAGGGGAAUAUCCAUCUCGUGCGCUUCCUUCUGAGCCUCCAACUCUCCAAUAUGCAAGCGUUCAUCAACAUGAAAGCUCACGGACACACUGCCCUACACAUGGCCGCAGGGCUGCACGGAAGCCCCGAUCAGGAGGAACUGAUCCGGCUGCUGCUGAGUCGUGGUGCUGAUCCCAGCAUCCGCAACCUGGAGAACGACCAGCCCGCUCACUUACUGCAGAGCGGAGACAAAGGAGAGAGACUCAAGCUCAUCUUGAAGAAGAAAAGUGCCUCCUCUAGGCGGCGUUUUACAUCCUUACAGGACCAAUAGUGACUUGGACUGAUCAGUCCCAGCGUUCCCCACCUUCUCCAAUAGAGGUCUAGAGCAAAUGACAGUACGCACAUGAAACAUCAGUCUUGAUAAUACGAUUAACUGUUCACCAUCAAUAUGUAGAUAAGAACAAUUAUUGAUUGAAUGGACCUUUGUCAAAUAAUUAAUAGCAAAAAGAGCUUUUAAAAUGAACCCAAACACAGUCGUCCUAGACUAGAAUGAAUCUAGAUCAUCUCUGGAGAAGGAUGGGUUUAUCUUCAGUAUCCUUUUAUGAGGAUUUUCACCUAUUGCAUCAUUUUAGUAUGACAGUAUAUCUUUUUUGAAGGAUCAUUCAUCGAUCCUGUACCAUAAAGCUGCUUCCCAGUUCAUUUAAAUGCUGAACAUCAGCAUUUUACUAAGUUCCUGAAUAGAGAUUUCAAUGAAAUCAUCAGGACUGUCAGUGUACCAGUCAAGUUUCCACCUUCAAUUAUAAACCAUAUUGGUUUGCUUAAAUGCACUUUUAAAAUCACUGUAUCAGUGGGAUAUUUUUAUUUGUUUUCAGAAGUAUUUAUAUGGCUUUUGGUUAGUGUGUGUUGCAUUUUAUUCUCCGUGCUCUUGUUUGUGUUACUUUCACUCAGGGGGAAAGGUCAGUUAUUUAUUUCAUUGCUUGAUAUGAAUGACAGUUCUCUAUGUAAUGCACUUUUCUCAGCAGCACACUUGAUAUCAUAGGAGAUGUGUCAUCCGACCAUGUAUGUGAAUGCGUUAUUUUCAUGAGUCAUAUACGAGGGGGUGAAAUGUCAGGGGGUUCUGAGGUAGGAAGGUACAGUAGUUUUGUCUUCAAGACCUUUCAGAAUCAAGUCACAAUCAUUAAUAUGAUUUAACAAUAUUAAUUCAGUGGAAUAGUAAGGAAGGGUUUUUGUAUGUGGGGAUCGUGUCCAUCUUGUAUCAAGAUUUCAAAUGUUGGAGGUUGUUGUUGUUGUUUUUGUUGUUGAGUCAGAGACAUACAUGAUUCACCAUGAUGUCCCUAUGGAAAUUCAAAUGAGGGAAAACACACGCUAAUGUCACUUUCUUGUAAAACAAAGAGAGGACUGUGGAUUUAUGAGAAUUAGUUUGAAAACAAAGUGCAUUCAUUUAUGACAGUUUUCUCAAUUUUUUAAUAAAUAUCACAAACACUUAGUGAAUGAAACCAUCUGACAAAACCGAAUUCUGUGAGAAUAUGAAGUAGCAUUAAAAUCUGCUUGAUUGAAUGUACAAUGUUUUACAAUAUUGUUUAUGGAGAGUGAUAUCAUUAUGAUCAACUUAUUCAUGUAUUUCUGCAAAUUAUUAUUGUUUUAUUAAUGUGUUUUGCAUUAUAUGUCAACUGACCAAGCCAAACUAAGUAAAGCUAAUCAAAGUAAAAACCAAGAAUGAACCUCUGUAACUCAGGAUCUUUUAUUGAGACAAAUGUCUUUGGUAUAUGACUAAUAUUUGGAUGAAUAAUAAAAACUCAUUUUCAUAUAA